CGAGGUUUCUGAAUCAGUUUCUCAUGGCUUUGAUCAAACAUCGUUAGGUUGAAGAGAGGAGAAAAAACAAGCCUCCAGUUUUCUCUGCUGGUGCUUGAGCCAUGAACGAGAAGAUCUGGAUUCAAUUCUCGUUCCUCUGUUUCUUCUAUGUUCUUCUGAUUUCUCCAUCUCAAUCUAAUGGUCAAGAUUUCUCGUUGAGCUGUGGAGCCUCAGAACCAGUUGAUGAUCAAGACAAGAAGAAAUGGGAACCCGACACCAAGUUCUUGAAAACGCCAAACACGGUCCAUGCACAAGCAACAUAUCAGGAUCCUUCACUUCUUUCAACGGUUCCAUAUAUGACAGCAAGAAUCUUCACAGCUCCUGCUACUUAUGAGAUCCCUGUUAAAGGAGAUAAAAGACAUUUGCUCCGCUUACAUUUCUACCCAUCAACAUACACAGGACUCAACAUUGAUGACUCUUAUUUCUCUGUGGCAGCAAACGAUGUUAGCCUUCUCAGCAAUUUCAGUGCAGCUAUCACAUGUCAAGCCUUGACACAAGCUUACCUUGUGAGAGAAUAUUCUCUUGCACCAUCAGAAAAAGAUGUUUUAAGCAUCACAUUUACUCCCUCGGAUAAACAUACAAAAGCGUUUGCUUUCAUAAAUGGUAUUGAGGUUGUUCAGAUGCCGGAAAUGUUUGAUACAGCUGCUCUUGUUGGAUUCUCAGAUCAAACAUCAGAUACUAAAACCGCAAACCUCCAAACGAUGUUUAGGCUCAAUGUCGGUGGUCAGGAUAUUCCUGGAAGCAAGGACUCUGGUGGAUUAAGUAGAACUUGGUACAACGAUGCGCCUUACAUCUUUAGUGCUGGUCUCGGUGUUACACUUCAAGCAAGCAAUAAUUUCAGGAUCGAUUAUCAGAAAAUGCCUGUUUCUACUGCUCCAGCUGAUGUCUACAAAACAGCUCGAUCACAAGGACCAAAUGGAGAUAUAAACAUGAAAUCGAAUCUCACAUGGAUGUUCCAAGUUGACACUAAUUUCACUUAUAUAAUGAGGCUCCACUUCUGUGAAUUCCAGCUUUCAAAAAUCAACCAGAAAGUUUUCAACAUUUACAUAAACAAUAAAACUGCACAGGCCGAUACAACCCCGGCAGAUAUACUUGCUUGGUCAGGAGGGAAAGGUAUCCCGACUUACAAAGAUUACGCGAUAUAUGUUGAGGCAAAUAAUGGAGGAGGAGGUGAAGAGGUUUCACUUCAAAUGACACCAUCAACAUUUGGUAAACCAGAAUACUAUGAUUCACAGCUUAACGGGCUGGAGAUUUUCAAGAUGGACACAAUGAAGAAUCUUGCCGGUCCAAACCCGAAGCCAUCACCUAUGCAAGCUAACGAAGAUGUCAAAAAAGAGUUCCAAGGUGACAAAAGAAUCACAGCAUUCGUCAUUGGUUCUGCUGGAGGUGUAGCAACGGUAUUGCUUUGCGCACUAUGUUUCACAAUGUACCAAAGGAAACGUAAAUUCUCAGGUAGUGAUUCUCACACAUCGAGCUGGCUUCCUAUAUAUGGAAAUUCCCACACAUCUGCAACAAAGUCUACUAUAUCGGGUAAGAGCAACAAUGGGAGCCACCUAUCCACUCUCGCUGCGGGUUUAUGUCGAAGAUUCUCAUUGUCAGAAAUCAAACACGGGACUCAAAACUUCGAUGAGUCAAACGUAAUUGGAGUAGGAGGUUUUGGUAAAGUUUAUAAAGGAGUUAUAGAUGGAGGGACAAAAGUAGCAAUCAAGAAAUCAAAUCCGAAUUCCGAACAAGGACUUAACGAAUUCGAGACAGAAAUCGAACUUCUCUCAAGACUACGACACAAACACUUGGUCUCCUUAAUUGGAUAUUGUGAUGACGGUGGAGAAAUGUGUCUAAUUUACGAUUACAUGUCUCUUGGAACACUUAGAGAACAUCUCUACAACACAAAGAGACCUCAAUUAACUUGGAAACGAAGGCUUGAAAUCGCCAUUGGUGCUGCAAGAGGAUUACAUUACCUCCACACAGGAGCCAAGUACACAAUCAUACACCGUGACGUGAAAACAACUAACAUUUUACUAGAUGAGAAUUGGGUUGCAAAAGUUUCAGACUUUGGAUUGUCCAAAACCGGACCAAACAUGAACGGUGGUCAUGUCACAACAGUCGUUAAAGGAAGCUUCGGGUACUUAGAUCCAGAGUAUUUUAGAAGACAACAGCUAACUGAGAAAUCAGAUGUUUACUCAUUUGGAGUUGUUCUAUUUGAGGUCUUAUGCGCUAGGCCAGCGUUAAACCCUAGUUUAUCUAAAGAACAAGUUAGUCUUGGUGACUGGGCGAUGAACUGUAAACGUAAAGGAACAUUAGAAGACAUCAUUGAUCCUAAUCUUAAAGGAAAGAUUAAUCCAGAGUGUUUGAAGAAAUUUGCAGAUACGGCUGAGAAGUGUUUAUCUGAUAGUGGAUUGGAUCGUCCAACGAUGGGAGAUGUUUUAUGGAAUCUUGAAUUUGCACUUCAGUUGCAAGAAACUGCUGAUGGAUCACGUCAUCGAACACCAAGCCAUGGCGGCGGUUCUGAGGAUUUAACCGGACGAGGAGGAGGAGGUGUGGUGGUGAACAUUGGUACCGGAGAAAGUGACAUUGGUGAUGACUUGUCAUCAGAAGAAAACAGUGAAAUAUUUUCUCAGAUUGUAAAUCCUAAAGGACGAUAAGGGAAAAUAAAGAAGAAAAGAAAAAUGGAGACAAGUAGAAAUUCAU